AUGAAAAUUUUGGAGCAAUUGGAGGAUGAAGAUCAAAAAGCUGAUGCCAUGAAAUCUAUAAUUUUCGAGUCUGAUAUGAGGGAAAAGUUUCCAAUCUAUGGUUGUGUGGAGUGUAUUUCUUAUCUUCGCCAACAGUUGCAGCUUGCCUUACAAGAACUUCAGUAUGUAUACACUCAGCUUGAUAUCUAUAGACAACAAAAUUUAGCACUAAUUUCUUCUAGUGAAAAUUCUGUUGGCAAUGGGAUGUUCAUGGUCCCAUUCUUCUCCAGUACUGAAGGUGAGUCCAGUACUGAAGGAAUCACAUAUCCUGAUUUUGAUAUGUCAAAUGAGCUUAGUAGUCAACUAUCUGCUUAA